GUCUCCAUUUAAAUGAAUAGUUAUAGGAAAAUUAACACCAUUUUAAAUGAAUAUGCUAAUGAUAAAAAUACUAUAUAAGUUACUAAAAUCUGUCCAACAUAGAAAAUUGUAUUAAUUACUAAUAUCUUUAAAUUCUAAGUUAAUGUAAAAACAAAUAUGUAACUAGAUUUGUUUAAAUCAUUAAGUUACAAUAUUUUAUUUUAACAAAUGUAACCAACUAUUUAUUUGCAUUUAUAUGCAUGUAAUUAUUUAUUAAUGAUAAAUACCAUAAUUAGAUUGUGGUAUUCAUAUAAUUUGAUAAAAUGAAAUACAACAAUUUAGUAUUCAUAUAAGUUUCUAGUUUACAUAAAAAACCAAUGAAAUAUUUAUAUAUAUAUAUUUUCUCAUCAUUUUGAAACAAAAAAUGUCCCUAGCAUUUGGCGCGUAAAUAAAUAUCCCGCCAAAUCAAUUAAUUAUGGCGUCAAGUAAAUGUGAAUAGUUGGUGCAGUGUAUCUUUUUAUGAAAAUUUUAUAAUUUUCUUGUUUAAUGCAUGCAAAAAUUUUUUAGAUAUAUUGUCUAAUACGUAUUCUAAUACAUCUAAUUAAUUAUAUGUAAUAUUUUUAUAAACAAAUAUGGAUCAAGAUAAUUGUUCAGUGACGUGUUCUGUUUUAAUCGAGUGGACUAAUUCACAAGGUUCGAUUGUAAAGAAAACAAAUCAUCGAUCAGCAACUUUACGCUUAAUUCGAAACAAUUUUCGUGAAAUUUAUAUCGAAAUACGUGCAGAAAAAGCAAACACAACCACAAAAUUAUCGCUAAUAUCUAUAUCGGUUUUUAAUAAAUUUAUGACGGAAGGAAAAGCUUCUAUUAAAUUUAAAAAAGAAAAUUGUACACUAUUUUUAUCGAAUGCACCGACAACUCAAUUAAUCAAUUUUUUAAAAAUGAUAUAUAUCAAGAUCUCAGAUCAAGAAGAUAAAGUGAAAAACUCGCUAAAAGAAAAAUUAUUUUCUAAUAAACCGUUCGUUGGUUAUCAAGAAAUUAGUCCCGCUACAAGUACCGAAAUGAAUAGAGCUAAAGAGAAGGCUCUCGUUGUAUCACGUGCAACAAUUACGACACCAUCCCCUAGCGCUGUUAAAAAGAGAAAACGGAUCGAUGAAAAUGAAAACACAUUGAAACCAUCUACUGCGAAGAAACUCUACGAAAAUCCAACAAUAGAACAAGUUACGGAAGAACAAAACAGAAUCUUGGAUGCAGUACUUCGUGGUAAAAAUAUAUUUUUUACUGGCAGUGCAGCAAGUACCGGAGUAGCGGCAUGUCAUAUAGGCGGAAUAACUUUACAUCAAUUCGCUGGAAUUGGAUUAGGAACCGCAAAUUCGGAAAGAUGUUUUGAAAUGGCUUCUCGUAGUUCCUCUGCUGCUUUAUGGAGAAAAACGAAACAUUUAAUCAUAGAUGAAAUUUCUAUGGUAGAUGGGGAUUAUUUUGAUAAGAUUGAAGCUGUUGCUAGACAUAUUCGUAAAAAUGAAAGACCUUUUGGUGGAAUACAAUUGAUAUUAUGUGGAGAUUUUUUCCAAUUACCACCGGUUUCAAAGAAAGAUAAGAAAGCAAAAUUUUGUUUUCAAAGUAAUGCAUGGACAAAGUGUAUACAUUUCAAUUAUGAAUUACAAACUGUUUACAGACAAAAAGAUCCUGAGUUUAUUAAAAUUUUAAAUAAUAUCAGAAUAGGUAGAGUGACAGAUGAUAUUGCAAAAACUCUUAAGGCAACAGCUAAACAAAAAAUAGAGAAUAAUGGUAUUUUAGCAACAAGGCUUUGUUCUCAUGUAAAUGAAGUUGAAGAAAUUAAUGAAUUUCAAUUAAAUGAGUUAAAAGGUGAAUCUAAAACUUACAUAGCACAAGAUUCCGAUCAAUCAAUGACUAAAAUAUUGAAUCAACAAUUGACUGUUCCUGAUAAAUUAAUAUUAAAAAUAGGUGCUCAAGUAAUGUUGUUAAAAAAUAUAAAUGUUUCUAAUGGGUUAGUGAAUGGAGCAAGAGGAGUGGUUAUUAAGUUUGCAGAUAAUGUUCCAAUAGUGCAAUUUAAAUCAGGUAUUCAAUAUCAUGCAAAACUCGAAAAAUGGAAUUUAAGAACAAAUAUAGGAACUAUUGUUUGUAGAAAACAAAUUCCAUUAAAGUUAGCAUGGGCUUUUUCCAUUCAUAAAAGUCAAGGUUUAACUCUAGACUGUGUUGAAAUGUGUCUUGCAAGAGUAUUUGAUGCUGGUCAGUCAUAUGUAGCUCUUUCAAGAGCACAAAGUUUGCAAUCUUUAAGAGUUUUAGAAUUUAAUAAUCAACAAGUAUGGGCUCAUUCUGACGUACUUAUGUUUUAUAAAAAGUUUAGAAGAAAUUUACAAGAAAUGGAAAUAAUUCCUGUAGGAAAGAAGCAAAAAAUAUAAAUGAAAUAAUCAUGUAUAAAUAAAAUAUUUUUUAUUUAUAUUUUUAUUCAUAAUUUUAUUUCACUUUUAAUUAUUUUAUUUUUAUUUUUUUUCUAUUUUUUCUUUGACUACUAAUUGAAAUUACAUUAUUUUAAUUAUGUUGAGAAGAUAUUGAAAGAAUUGAAAACACAAAUUUUUUUUUUACAAUUUAUUAAAAAAAGUAAAAGUUUCUAAAUUUUAUAUAUAAUUGCAUCAUAACAAAGCAUAAAUAUAUUUUAUUUUUUCUUUUCCUUUCAUUAAAUAUUACAAAAUCACGCAUUUAAUAAUUUCAUAUAUAUGUAUUAAUAAUCGUCAACUGUGAUUUCUAUUGAUGGUAUAUAACGCCAAGUGUGUCCAGCAUUUAUCAAUUCUGAACAAAGAAUCGGUGUAUUUGGAGCUGAUUCUUUACUGCUACAUUGAAUAUCUAUUUUAUAUUGACCAGCCGUAAAAAAUACUACACGACAUUCGUGAUAAAUUCUUCCAUAUUCCUGUAACUAGAAAAAAAAACAAAGUUAUCAGAACAAUAUAGAAUGUUAUUAAGAUUUUUUUUAUCAUUAAAAUAACUCACUGCUGGAAGCAUAAUUUUAUUUGCACCAGCAAUGGAUAAUCUUGUUUCUAGUUGAUAAUUGUUCACGCCAUUAUGAUGAUCUUGAUAAAAAUUGAUAGAUAACAUAAGAUCACUCAAUGGAUGUUCUAAAGCGUUACAUAUUCCUAUUCCGACACUAACGCAUUCACCUAAGCUACAUGUAAGUUCAUCUUGUGCCUUUACAACUGUAUCAUUUAUUUUAAUCUCUGAAAAACAUAUGAAAUUAUUAAUUUAGCAUUAAAUGAAAGGCUAUUAUGUACAAUGAUUAGUAAAACAUACCCCAUUGUAGAGGGCUCAUUCUAACAAGAUCUAACAUAUCUUGAGUGAGAGUAAUGCCAGAAAGAGUCGCUUUUCCGGUCGAUUCUGUGCCCAAUAAUUGCCAGCGUAAAUCAACCAACGACGCAAUAUGUUCGGAACAAACUUUUUGAAGUUCUCCGAUAUCACCAUUUCCAUUUAACUAUUAAUAAAAUACAAGAAAAAGAAAUAUUUUUUUAUUACAUUAUAAAGAGAAUUAAUAAAACUUUUAAUUACCAUAGAUAAUUUAUUCAAUGGGCAUCGAUCAACUGGGACAGGGAUUCUACAAGGUUCUUUUCCCUCCAUGUAUAUACAUUUAGUUUCCGUGUAAUACAAUUCCAUUUCGUGAUUAGUCAUAUUUGUUAAAUCUAAUACAAGAUAAAAUUGCGAUGGUCUGAAAAUAUACGUUUUACAUCAUGACAUCUUAUGUGUAUAUUCGUAAUAUAAUAAUAUAUUAUCUACUUACGUUUCUGCUGGAAGUACAUCCCAAUUUGUAAUUUGCACACUAGGUAACAUCUCAACUGUGAUAAAAACUGAAGAAAUACGACAAUAACCUGCCGUUAAACCUGCACCACCCGAAUAUUUUAUUUUUAAUUGACCUUCAAUAACAUUUGAGGUAUGCAAUGGAACUGCAAGUUUAGACAAACGCGAACUCGCUAAGGAAGAAUGUCCUGAAUGAGAACUUAAUCCUGACCUGAAUGAGGAAGUUAAUUCGGAUUGUCUCUUUGUAUGUGAUGGAGAACUUAAUCUAGAUGGUAAUGAACUAUGUCCUGAAUGAGACAUUAAACUGCUGGGUUGACUAACAUAAGUACUACUACUAGUAUCUGAAAACAUAUUUAAAAUAUCUAGCAAUCAAUUAAAUAUAUUGUUAUAUAUAAUUGUUAUAAAAAAUAAUAAUAAGAAUAGAAAUAGUUUUUAUUCAAUAUUACCAUUCCGAGAUGUAGGUGCUAUAAAAUCGGUAGCUGCAUAUAAAUAUAAAAUAAAACUAGCAUUAGAGCCAGGUUUUAAAGGUAAUUGUGCCAUUAAAUUUUCAUCGUUCCAUUUAAAUAUUUUACUUUCAGUUAACGUGUCUAAUGUUGAUUGCACUGAUAAUUCGAUUGUUUCGAUAGGAAGUUGACCGUUAUUUUUAAUUGUUAUAGUACAUUCGGCACUGUAACAUUAUUAAGUUUUAUAGAAAAAAUUAUGUAACCGAUGUUUUAUUUAUUUAAUAGAAUAUACCUUUCUCCGCCAUAUAAUGAUAUACUUGCGCUAGUUACUAUAUUAUCUCCAGAACAAAAACUUGCAGUUUGAGGUAAACUUGUAGCUACUUCUAUUCUCGGUAAAGCUGGAACUACUUCAACUGUAUAUUGAGAAUGACUCAUUUCCUCCAUAUAUCUUAAUCUACAAUUUGAUUUCACUCCCAAUGUAUGCGUACUAAAACCAAGAAUUUCUAAAUCUCCGAUUUCUUUAGGAUUGCCAGCUAACGUUACCGCAAUUGGUCCUGAUUCAGCAGGAAGUGUAAUACUUUCAGGAAUUGAUUCAAAUACUACGCCGUUUGUAAGGAGUCUCAUGUUAGAAACGUGAAGUUCAAACGGCAAAGGAUUAACAAGUUGCAUUGAUACUUCGCAAAUAUCACCUUCUACCCAUAAAUAAUCUGUAACCAUUAUUUUACAAUAAAUAUAAUUUUAUAGGUAACAUCUAACCAAUGUA